GGAGCUAAUGUCCGCACGUUAUCACAGAGGCUCUUGCAUACGGCGGCUUGACAGAUGCAAAGAGAAUAAUUUGUAAUACCUCACCGAGUUCUAUAUCGGGAAGUAUUCGACAGCUAACCCGUGGUUUCGCCUACAGCAUGCACGAACCCUAGAUAUCUAGGUGUGUUAUAAAGGUCUUCAAGGCGGAUGUCUUUUCACAGACACACACCUGAGACGGGGCUACUCGCAUCUUUCAUAAUCUUCAAGCUAGUUGUAUCCUAAAGCGUAUUUGUAUUCUGGAUAGUGGCCACUCAUAUUUCGCAUUUUCAAUUUUUUGGGCUAAUAUCUUGAAGUUGUUUAGAGUACGUUAUUGUCAGGUAUCUCAUUUCGUGAUAUCUGGACACCUCUUCCACUAGGGUAGAAGUAUUACUAGUGUUGAAGAGUCAACAAGGGUUUUAAUUUUGGAACUUGCAAUAAACUCACCAAUAUGUUUUGUCUCUAUUUAAUUGCCGCAGUUAUAUUACCAAGCGUGUUGGCCGAUGAUUGUCCGUGUUGGGACAUGAAUGAAGAAGAGUUAACGCAACACUGUGAGCUAUGGGUGUCGGGUUCGAAUCCAGACCAGUGCUCGGAAUUAGCUCUCGUGGAAUAUGACUCGUGUGUUUGUUGCCGACGCUGUACACGGGAUGUCAACGAAGUAUGCGGCGGCGAAAAUGGUGUACUUGGCGUUUGUUCACCCGGCUUGAAAUGUAGUUUCAUCACUGGUAAUUCGGUCUUUGGACUCUGUACAGAAGACACAGAUGAAGAUGCUAUACUUGCGCAGAAUUUCUCACCACCAAUGUUCUUGAAUAAAGCAGGUGAUGAUAACGACAAUGGACUGGGCCACAUAUUCUGGUAAUAAAACGGUAUCUGAAAACAGAAUGCUCGAAAGACAAGAUGCUAGGCCUGAGCCGAUGUAUGCAGCUGAUGAGGGUAACACAAACCGUAACACUUCAUGUUGUUUCUUUAAACAACCUGUCAUUAAAAUCGGACUUGAACACGCUGAAAAAAGAGCAAUUUUGAGAUAUAUUUUUUGUAAAGUUAAGCGAGGAAAAGUUAUGUUUAUGUUUGAUUGAAAACCAAACGUUUUUAGAAUACAUUGAUAUUUUAAAGAGAUUCAGUUUAUUAAUUUGUGAAGGAAUAUGUGUGGGGUUGUUUUGUCUAUCCAAAUGUGAAUACCUCUUUAGUGAAUAGUUCCCAAGUAAACCUAUCAUACUCUGAAAAUAUUACCGCUACCGCAAGUCACGGUAAAAUCCGAAGACAUUCAAAACAGAUGCAGAUAUUGUUAUAAAUCGCUAAACUUUGUUGAUAUAAAUAAAGCUUUAAUUUCAGAUUUUGUAAUGACACACAGCGGUACCCUAACAAUAAACCUUACCCAUCUAUCUCGUAUUUAUUAAUUUAUUAAGAUUUAUCAGAAGAAAUGUUGAGCUUCUGUAUUGUAAGAUUCAUGUGUAAAUUUAUAAAAUGUGUUUGUAGAUUUAUUGCUUAUGUGUACAUAUAAUAAAUAAUACUAAAUAUCAUGUAAAAAUAAAGUUGCGAUAUACAUCUACGUUAUAAAGUAAAUACUCUGACUUAGGAGUGUGAAGAAAUCAAAUAAAUGAUAAUAAUCCAGA